GACAAUUCUCAGAAAUGUGACGUGAAUAAUAAAAGAGACAAUCUUCCAUAUCAAGUGUUUAAGAUGGUUUAAGGAACGUGUGUAACAAAAUAAAAGAUGUUUGAUUACAAGUUGCAAGUGAUAUUUUGUCUUUAAAGUGGAAGAACUUGUGGAGAAAAUUGUAUAUGUUUAUACGAAUCUUACAUCGUGAUAUUUUCGUCUCUCCAGUUUUAAAGGCAAAAACUACGGAUGAUAGACUUCUUAUAAUAUCUACUUGAUCAUAUCACUUCACAAUUACCUGCAAUGGAUCCUAAUGGAAGUUCUGAGAAGUGUUCAUGUGAGGAUACUGAAUCUCCUCAAUCCAGCAACGAAAAGAACGACUCGGAAAUCGUAGCAACCCCAGCAACCUCACCUUCCCCAAGAAGAUCUAAAUUAAGUCUUUCAGCUCUAGGUUUGAAUAUUCGUAAGGGGCGCUCCCUAAACUUUACUCUGAAACGGUCUAAAAAACAACCGUCUUCGAACUUUCCACUUUCAUUUUCCACAUUCAAAAAAUCAUCGAAAUGGGUUACAAAGCUUAAUUGUUCGAAGAAAACUCCAAAAGAACCUGAAAGCCAGUCUUGCUGUCAAUGCACCUGCUACCGCAAAACAGAAGACCAUCCAUUGGGGGCGGGUGUUGUGUUUUCAAACCAAGAAGAAGCCAGCAGCAGCAGUAGUAGUAGUAGUAAUAGUAGCAGUACUAGUAGUAAUAGCGGUAGUGGUGGUACCAUCCCAAGUGAAACUGGGGAGUGCAGUAAAAAUGUAUUACCGGAAAACAGUAAUGCAACUAGAGAAGAAGAAACACCUUAUGGAAGUUGUGCUUCCAGUGUAGUACCAAAUAAUCACAAUCCUGCUUCUCAGCAGAGAUCUGGUAAUGAAGAAGGAUCAGGACUUGUACUUCAUAGGGAUCUGUACAGUGGAUCAACUGGAAAUAUAAUUGUACCUCCACCGUUUAUUGAUAUGCACUGGUUGCACACAUUUCACGACUGUGAUGAAACUGCUCGGCUGCAAAGGGCGCGAGAAAUCGAGCAGGGUGUGGAAAUACCCGUCUCAUCGAGACAACCGCCACGUCGAGUACAACUUGUGUGCUCAGAUGUAGAGGGUGACAACGGGCAGACGCCAAGGCGUUUGCAACUAGUAUGUCCCCCUGAUCUGACUGUUGACUCCCUUCGUGCUCUCUUUCACACGCACAUUAUGCUACGCACCUGUCCCAUAGACACAAUCACUGGGUGCCACACACAAGUGGACUUUAUACAUUGUCUUGUGCCUGACCUGUUAGAUGUUACAAACUGUAGCUUUUAUUGGGGGAAAAUGGACAGAUACGAAGCAGAGCGUCUUCUGGACGGUAAACCCGAGGGAACUUUUCUUCUCCGAGAUUCAGCUCAAGAGGAGUUUCUUUUCAGCGUUUCAUUUCGGAAGUAUGGAAGAUCGUUGCAUGCGCGAAUCGAGCAGUGGAAUCACAAGUUCAGUUUCGAUUCUCACGAUCCAGGAGUCUAUACUUCGGAAACUGUUUGCGACUUAAUCAAACAUUACAAGGACCCCAGCACGUGCAUGUUCUUCGAGCCGAUGCUAACGUGGCCCUUGCAUCGAAAUUUUGUCUUCCCCUUGCAGCAUCUGUGCCGUGCUACCAUCGUCAAUCGCAUUACGUAUGAUGACGUCAACCAACUACAGUUGCCCAAAUGUCUUAAAGCGUAUCUAAAGGAGUACCAUUAUAGGCAGAAGGUGCGCGUGGAACGAUUCGAUGAUGAUGUACAAUGGCUCGAUUUGCGGAACUUGCAGGUCUAAGUAAAUAUUUUAAAUGAUAAUUAUUAUACAUUCAUGAAUAAUAUCAAUCGAAUGAUCGUUUAUUGGUUUUACUUUUUGUUUUUGUUUCUAUUGUUAAUUAAUAUUUAGCCUGGCAAAUUUCGUUUUAUAAAGUAUGCCAUGGUUACAAACAACAAGUGAAUAUUAUUAAAAACAACUGCAACAACUUCUGUACUUUUACCAAUAAAGAAUCAUCUUCAAGGCAUUGCUCCAUUUGUAAAUUUUGAAGCAUUGUUGUCGGCUGAAAGGUAUUAACGUCACUAAAAAUUACAAUAGUUUUUGUGAUGCACAAUUUCUAUUUUUUUUUUAAUGAAGUAUAGUAUAUGAGAAGAUUUUCAUGGCCGAUGUUACCUCAAGGGGGCUCAGUAUUUGGUCUUAUGGCCGGGAGUGUAGAAUCAUUUGCUGAGUUGUGCUGAGGCUAAGAGAUUAUGAGACACUAAGUCUUAUCACAACUGUAGUCGACUCAUCGAAGGAGGAAAACCAACCAAUGUUGAAUCAUAAAUAUCGAGUCCUCUUCAAACAUUAAAUCAGUCCGAUUAUAAUUGUGUACUUAAUGUUUUUUUAAUUGCUGCUUAUUACAUGAUGUGAAUUUAUGCAAAUGGGCAGCUUUUAUUAGCCAGUAUUAAUUCUGUUGAUACCUGCAAUAUUUGCAAUAGUAGAUUAUUGGAAACGUAUAAUGUUUCCUUUUUUUUACAAUUGAUUAUCUACAUUUUAAUACAAUUAUAACGGAAUUUACUUUGUGUAUUUUUUUAUUUCAACUUAAACGAAUUAGUACAUGUUAAGGUGUAAUUUGUUUUAUUUAAACAUCUUUAAGUUAAUGUGUUUUUUGCCUAUUGUAGUGUUAAUGCAUUUUUUGCAGUAAAAAAGUUGUUGAAAUGGAUUGACU